UUAUAGCCAUAUUGCUACUUCUUCUAUUGAGGUAAUAAUCUGGGGACUGACAAUGAAUCACUGAGUUAGUAAAGUGGUAUUUUAUUGAUAUUUUGGUGUCUUGAAGUUCGAAGAGCUCUGAAGAACGCGUUGGUCCUGUAAUUUCAUUUUCAAUUUGCAGAUGCAUGCAGACUGAGGGAUGACCUUGAAGUGUUCCCUUUGACCACUGUGUUGUAGAUGGUUCUCUUCAGUCCUCUGCGGUCACCUGCAUGUGAGGUGUAACGCCUGAAGCAGAAACUUAGCAAGGACAAUGGAAAGUACUCCGGUCAAGAUGGAUUUUAGCAACGAUGGUCACUUUCCUCUUGCGCUGCGACGGACGCAUCGGGCGAAUGCAGGAGCCAAGAGGAAGCAAGCGGAGGAAGAGUCAGUUAAAGCAAAAGAUAAAGAAAAAGAGAUGAAAAAGAAGAAGAAGAAGAAGCUUCCUGCAUCACCGAAUGUUGCAGCAAACUCUCCACAGUCUGUAACAAAGAUGGCAGCAGACUUUAUCCGGUCAUCAAAGACAAAGGUUCCUGUUCCAAAGAGCAUCAAAAAUUGGCAUCCACACAAUGACUUCUACUGCUGGGUGUGCCACAAUCAGAGGCGCGACGGUAAUUUCUUGUACUGUAACGUCUGUCCGAGGGUCUACCACGACACCUGUGCCAAGCUCCCCUGCCCCCAACCGGACUGGGUGUGUCUGGAAUGUGAGAAAAUCACAGAUGCAGAAUGUACGGAAACACAGUCCAAUGCCAUGGCUUUGCUCUCUGUCGAUAAAUUGGCAAAGGUUCUACGUACAUCUAUAGAAAAGAUGAAACGAUACACAAAUUCACUGCUGUUCACUCCUAUUGAUGACUUGAGGGAGUUUCGAGACUACAGACAGUUUGUAUAUCAUCCCAUGGAUCUGUCUGUCAUGGAAAAGAAUGUCCAGAGUAGAUCUUACGGCUCAACAGAGGCCUUCCUAGCAGAUGCCAAAUGGAUUGUCCACAAUGCCUUCGUCUAUUUUGGAAGUGGGAAUAGGUAUAGCAAUGCUGCUAAAGCUCUACUAAAGGCUUGUGAAACAGAGAUGGCUGAGGUUGAGCUAUGUCCAGACUGUUACCUGGGUGCUGUCUAUAAGCGACCUCAAUGGUUUUCAGAAGUCUGCACCAAACCUCAUCCUCUAGUGUGGGCUAAGCUUCACGGUUUCCCUUUCUGGCCUGCUAAAGCAAUGAAGGAAGAAGAUGGUCUUCUUGAGGCUCGAUUCUUUGGACAGCACGACAGAGCCAUGAUACCCGUUCACAACUGCUUCCAAUACUCCACCAAGAUCCCUUUCCCAGCCUCCAAGAAAAGACUGACGGGGCUCAACUCCUCCAUCAAGGAGGCAGAGCUCCACAUAAAAAAACUGGAAGAGAAGCGGGGAACCCCCUACAAGUACGCCCCUCACCUGACCCCGUAUGACCCCAACAAGCGCUACACCACCAGCUCUCUGGCAGUCAUGCCUGACGGGAAGGUCAAGAGCCUCACGGAUGCAGGAAGGAAUGCUCAAAUGAGGGGGAAGAUCGUCGUCAUCGAGAACAGGGAGGAGGAGUCUAAGAAGAAGGAAGAUAUGAAUGGUGGGGGAGAUGACAACAUGGAUGAUUCAGUCGCUUCAAGUAUUGAGAAUGAUAAGGCAGCUGGGAAAGGGGACACAACAGCAGAGAUGAAGACGGACCCCAAGGUCUCGAGUGAGGAUGACAGUGAGGUAGAUGUAACAGGAGAUACAUUACUCUCUCCUGAGAAGCUCGACCACAGCUAUGCAUGUAGGGAUGCUCAGGAAAAUGUGAAGCAAGAAGUAGAGAAUGACAUACAAGACAAACCGUGUGAGGAUUCUAAAGAAAAUGUGAGUCAUUCACAGGAGAAGGGAAAAGAUGACCAAACUGAUGCACCAGACAAGAAAUGCAGUGACCAUGAGGACAAGGAAUCAUCCAUUCGUAGGAAAAGAAAAUUGUCUGAGUCACAUUCACAACAGCCUGAGAAGGUGCCAAGGAUGUCUUCAGUCAAGGAGGAUAGCCAGGAAACUGACGAGCCAGAUGAUGUAGAUUCUGAUAAGCUACAAGCUUCGAGUCCUGUAGAUACCCUGAGAGGGGUAGAUACAUGUAGCAAAGGGUCGCAUGAGUCACCAUCUGCAGCAUCAAAUACAUCAUUCGAUUCUCCAAGCUCAAAGACACCUGUCGACAAAAACAAGGACGGCUUUAGUAUCCUUCCCAGCCGCCUUCCUAGCCUUGAUGAUCUGGAGGCCAAUGUGAAUUCAUCUGAAUCAAGCUCAAGCAUCGCUGAAAAUGAUGCGAAGUCUAAUCAAUCGACACCCAGAAAGGAUACCUUUCUCUUGGACCUUGGCAAGACCAUUGACACUUGUAAGGCAUCCCUGGGUAUUGAGGAGGAGAUGGAGGACGAGAAUGCAGAUGAUGAGGAUGGAAUGGAAGAUGCUGAUACGACAGGUGAUGAAUCGAUGGAGAGUGAGGUUGAUGAAUAUGAAGAUGCAGAGAAAGAAGACACACAAGUUACAAACACCUCCAAUGACACUGGUGCCAUGGAUGAUGGGACUGAGGAUAAAGAGCAUGCAGGAGAAAAUUCGAUGGAAAACAAGGAAAAUGGAAGGGUAAAGGAAUCUAAAGACCUAGUUAAGCAGGUAAUUGAAGGAGAUGAUGACUUCGAAAAUAUGGAAAAUAAUGAGAUGGCUAAAUCCAAAAUAUUGGAACAAAAUGCACGCACUGAAGAAGAGAAGAAAAAUGAGGAAGAGACAGUCAACGAUAAAAAGAUAGAUGAAGACUUGGCAGAGAAAGGGUUAGAUGCCUCUGCAUCCAUCACCAAGACAUCUGAGAUUGGAGGUGAAUCCACAACGAAAGAACCAUCUGGGUUAGAAAUAAAGAAUGAGCCCCAAUCAGUUGGACCAAGCAAGUUGAAAGACGCACCAUUUGAGACAGGUCCAGCUCAGGGCAGGGAAGGUCAAAAUGAUGACGAUGAUGAUGAUGAUGAUGAUGAUGAUGAUGUUGAUGGAGGUGACGAGGACUUUGAUGAUGAUGAUUCAUCUGAUGGAGCGUUGCUCAUUGAUGAAGGAGAGGACUCUGGGAUUCCAAACAAAAAACAAGAUGGGACACCUACCAAAGUGAAGUCGGCAGAUCAGGAAACCAAGACUGGUGGGGAUUCAGAAGCUUCUCCUGCAGAUACUGUCAACAAGAAGGAAACGAUUCCUAAAGAAGCGCACCCUGAGCUCAUACAGGACACUGUCCCUGGUAAAUCAGCAGGGGCUGAAGCAAAGAAGGAAGAAGCAAAGGGCAAGGAAAGCAGUGACAAGGAUGCCAGGAAGCUAUCGGGAGCGGAAGGCAAUAAAGUAGCAAACUUGUCCGAGACAGCCAAACAGUUGUUGCUGGGAACUCCAAAGCCAGUGAUAGUAGACCCAGACUACAAAAAGUUAAUUGCCAAGGUCGUUGACGAUGCCAUAAAGUCCUUCAAAGAGCUUGAUUUGAGUCUUGCAGAUGCCAGCGAAGACCUCAAGAAAAUUGUACUCGAUCUUAAAAGGGAGGUCAUUUCACUCAAGGCUAAGCAGGAGCUCCAAGAGAACGAGUUGCUGCACUGCAACAAGCUUGCUGCAGCGGAGAUCCGCCAAGUGAUGGAAUACAGUCGAGACUGCAAGCUGAACAAAGUCAAGAGAAGGUUCGACAAGCAGAGACGAGAUGCCAUCUUUGCCACCAAAGGAAAACAAUGGUGUGUUAGCUGCUCCCAAGAGGCAAACUAUUUCUGUUGCUGGAACACAAGCUACUGUAGCUACGAUUGUCAGGAACGGCACUGGAGUAGGCAUGAGAGAAAAUGCCAGCAGAAAUCUGGGAACUUCCCCUUCGUUCAUCCUGGCUCGGGCUUUGAUCCUUACCGCAAGAAGAAGAAGAAAAAGAAGAAGAAGAGAGAGGAAGAGCAAGCCUGGCUGCGAGAGUAUGGUUUUGACGAGGAAAGCGACGAUGGAGACCCAACUUGGGAACCAACCCCAGAGGAACUUCCUACCAUGGUUCAUCCAAAGAAAGGUUAUACACCGCUUCCUGGAAGCUCAUCUAAUAAUAACCCCAAGGUCUUGAACCAGCAGUGGUCUGCUAGCCAACACAAGCCCAAUCGCACCUUGACCCAGCCCUCAGGAAGUCUUACAGCUCGUCCAAAAUUCAACUACUCUGCGGCGUGGAUGCCCAAAGGAAUCAAUCAACAGCUGGUUAAUACUGCACCCAAGAUGAACACACAGACUUCCUCCAAAAUGGUGUACAUUCCAAGACCACCAGUACAACAGAAUAAUAUGCCUGUCAUGAGUCAGAAUCUACCUGGAGGACAAUCGGUGAUCAUCAACCAGGGUCAGAAGCCUCUGAGGUUUGUGACGUGUCCCAAGAAUGAGAUGGCCACGCCAGCCAAUGUGGUUUAUGUGGGAGCUAACCAGCCAGGGAUAAAGGGGCGGGUACCUACCAACCUGACCAUGCAGGCUCCUACCGGUGGCACCGGUGGGAUACAGAAUCAGGGCUCUCCUACCAUGUUACAGAUGGGACCAAACAAGAUCGGUAUGUCCUCAUUGGUCCAGGCGAUUGGACAGCAGCCCCUACAGCAGGGUGGCAAGUUCGUCAUUCAGCUGACACCUGCACAGCAGGGAGGCAACAUGGUCAAGGUUACGCAGAUAACACAACCUAAUCAGACCGCCGGCAAUGUGCCAGUCAUGAUUGGCAGUUUACCCUCUCAGGGUCAACUUACCCCUGCUACGAUCCCGACCGGCAAUCUGGUACAGAACCUUCAACCUGUCGGUAAGAAGCAGAUCAUGAUUCCAAGACUGGCACCUGGUUCAGCACCAAGCCCGAAGCAGAUAGUUAUGAGUUUGCCCGAUUUUACAAAUACUGCUGUAAGCUCUAUUAGCGUUCCUCGUGUUGCCCCUGUAGUUGUUUCAAAAACCGGUGUAGGCGGUGUUGGAGGAAAUAUUGCUCCUGGGGUUCAUAUACAAGUGGCUUCUAAUGCAACUCCAAAGGGCACAACGUAACUGGAGAAGCAAUUUUGAUUACUAAGUAUCUUUCCAAAGCCGUAAAUUGGCAAUAAUCAAGUUCAAACGUCAUGAAUAAUAAUAAUACUAAUAAUUAAUUCAUAACUAUGACUAAGAAAGUGCUUUUCAAAGAUUAUUACGUAAAAAUACCUUAGGAGCGCACACAUGGGUCUGAAGAAGCUUGCUGGUGUACAGCAAAAAAAUGCUUCUUUAAACAAACUUCUUUGUUGACAGGUUGUAAUGAAAUGUUUUCUGUACCUGUGAAAGUAGUGUAAUGCUUAAGGUUUCAACCCUAGUCCGUCAUUUUUUGUGUUAAAAUGUGGUGUGAACAUAUUUUUGGGGGUGCAAUUAUGUUAAUUAAAUGUUAGUCAACAACACUCAUGUUUUUGUCACAAAAUGGCAACAAACAUCCUACAGUGCCCAUGCUGUUGUGUGUAUAAGUUGAUGUUGAGUGUUUAUGGUACAAUUUUACGUGAGAAGCUAUUCUCAUCGGUUCACUAUGUAUGAAAUGUGAGUGGUUGUGUAUUUGAGCUUUGGGAACUAUUGAAAUCAUAUUAAAAAGAUUAAGUCUUAAUGAAUACAUGUAGCUAAGCCCUCAGAUAUUGGCAUACAGGACUAUGCCUACCCAAACAUACGAUCAGUAAUACUGUUGCGCUUGAUACAAGCAUGCACAGGGGAUAAAUCAUUUCUACUGACUUAUAUAUGACACAUGCAAACAUUUAAAAAAAGAUUAAAGAAGGAGGUGCAAUGGCUCAGUGGUAGAGCAUUGGUCUUGUAACCGGGAGGUCCAGGUUUGAAACCAAGUCAAUAGGCUCGUGCCAUUUAGUUAGGCAUUAAUCCUCAUUACCAUGUCCCUCGGAGAGGACUUGAAGCCAUCUUUCCCCUGGUUGCCUACUUACAAAGCAUACACAUGCUUUCUUAGCGGUCAUGUCAAACAAUUAUCAAACAUUUUACAUGUACAAUGUUACUAGACUUCUACCACAGGGUAAUGAUUUUAAAAAAGAUGAGGUAACUGACAAAUCAUUUUGUAGCUGUGUAGAUGGAAUUUUGUCCUGUUAUUAUUUUGUGUGUGAUGCUGCCCUCACUGUUCCAACUUAUGCAUGGCUUUCCUUGUGCAUACGUUUCUUUUCACAAUAACUCUCUGAGUAGAUGCAUUUCAUGUUUGGUAUAGAAGUGUAUCAUUGCAAAAUGGAGAUGCCUAUCUUUGGUUUUGGUGUUGCUGCCCCCAGUGUCAUAAAUCAUAUAGGUUAAAAAGUGUGUUUUGCACUUCCACAUUUAUUUUUCAAAGAUGAUUUCUUUACAGCACUACGUUUUCAAUCAAUCUGCUGAAGCUUCUCACAAUAUUAACCAUCAAUUGAUUACAUUUUUCAAGAGGUUCAUGUCAUAGUUUAUAGUAUUCAAAAUCAGUUUGAGUGGCAUGUAAAUUUUUUUUUUUUCUUU